AUGGGUCUGGUAAAAUUACGGAUUGAUGCUUCUACCUUACAUGCCCAAUGCACCGUUACCGUACCAGCUAUUCGGAAAAAAUACGGUUUCUGGUAUCUCCCCGGGAAAGAAGAUGGGGCGGCGGAGAUAGGAAAGGAAUUCAUGUAUGAAAAUGGAGAAAGAGAAAGAGGACAUAGCUUUGUUCGAUAA